CCUCGCGCGCCGACAUCCAGAAAGCUCGGGAGGCGUUUGGUUUUUAGUUCUUCGCGCUCUCCCUCUCUCUCUCGAAGCCGCCGUUUCCUGGGAGACCUUCGUCGACGUUUUGCCUCUUUUUUUAUUCGUUUAAACUUUUUGGUACUCCCCCCUCCACUUCCUCGCCUUAUUGGGGGUCCGAUUUCUGACGCGGAUUUCUUGUGAGGAGACAGGCCCACCCCCCAAUACCCCCAGGUACCAGCUACUGACAAUGUCGGCAGACGGCCCUGACGCUCACAUUACGGAGGUGAAACCAUUAGUGGAGAGAGAAGAGGCAAUCACACAUCUCCUACCUGACUUUGAUGUUCAGGAACAAGAUAUUGAGACAGUACAUGGCUCUGUCCAUGUUACCAUGUGUGGGACUCCUCGAGGAAAUAGGCCUGCCAUUCUAACAUACCAUGACAUUGGACUCAAUCACAAAACUUGCUUCAACCCCCUCUUCAAUUUUGAAGACAUGCAAGAAAUCACACAACAUUUUGCAGUCUGCCACGUGGAUGCGCCUGGACAGCAAGAUGGGGCAGCCGCUUUUCCACCUGGAUACAUGUACCCUUCAAUGGAUCAAUUGGCUGAAAUGCUUCCUGGAAUUCUGAAACAGUUUGGGUUGAAAAGUGUGAUUGGAAUGGGAACUGGAGCUGGUGCCUACAUCUUAACCAGAUUUGCUCUUAAUCAUCCUGAUAUGGUGGAAGGACUUGUUCUUAUUAAUGUCAACCCAUGUGCUGAAGGAUGGAUGGACUGGGCAGCAACUAAGAUUUCUGGAUGGGCUCAUGCACUGCCAGAUAUGGUCAUCUCGCAUCUUUUUAGUAAGGAAGAGGUUCAAAACCAUCAGGAUUUGAUGCAUACUUACCGCCAACACAUCAUCAAUGAUAUGAAUCAAAACAAUCUGCAUCUCUUUGUCAACUCAUACAACAGCCGAAGAGAUCUAGACAUUGAGCGGCCUAUGCCUGGAACAACUGUUGUAACUCUACAGUGCCCUUCACUGUUGGUGGUUGGAGACAGCUCUCCUGCAGUUGAUGCUGUGGUUGACUGCAAUGCUAAACUUGACCCAACAAAGACCACACUCUUAAAGAUGGCUGACUGCGGUGGUCUUCCUCAGGUUUCUCAGCCUGCAAAGCUCGCUGAAGCUUUCAAGUACUUCAUACAGGGCAUGGGAUACAUGCCUUCUGCAAGCAUGACCAGACUGAUGAGAUCCCGCACAGCAUCUGGUUCCAGUGUCUCCUCCCUUGAAGGGACCAGGAGCAGGUCCCACACUGGCGAAGGAAACCGCAGCAGAGCCCACACUGGCGAAGGAAACCGCAGCAGAGCCCACACUGGCGAUAAUGUCCGGAGUCGUGCUCACACUGACACUCACAUUGAGCUCACUCCCAACUCUGCAAACAACACUGAACAAACCAGCCCCAAGUCAAUGGAAGUUUCUUGUUAAAUGAAAGGGGCUUGAAUUGGAAGUGAGACCUAACCACCACCUACUGUGUAUCUUGAUACUUAACCUAAAGUGUUUUCUGUAACACAUGACUCUGUCCCCCAACUAGAGUUCAGCAGGGACCAAUAAAGCACGCAUCUCAAGUUUCUCUGUUCCCUUAACAGAGGUUGCUGCUAUUCUGUUCUCCAACUAAUUCUAGAUUGCUUUAAAACUUGUCCAGUGGUGAAGCUAACAGCAUUUGAUCACCAAGAUUGAAACCUAAGCUACCUAGGAUCUUGCCUUUGAAGAUGAUCCAUCUCUUGCAACCCCCCUCCCUUUUUUACACUAUUAAAAAAAAAAGCCCUUUCCCAAUGCGACUUUAAAUAAUUUGCUUUGGGGAAAGCAAUGCAUGACUGGAGACUUUUAGAAAAAGUCUGAAAGUGAGGUUGAAGGUGGAUUUACUCAAAUCUGUACAUAUUAAUCGAAUGGGAAUUUAUGUCUGGCCUAUAUAUAUAAUUAAAAUAGGGAAUGUAUUGCAAUUUCAGGCAAACGAAAUCUUAAGCCUUCAUGCUAUUUAGUGGCAGUCUUUUUCCUUUUAGAACUAAAACUGCUUGAGCGAGUAAAGGCCAAGGUUCAAAUUAAUGUCAAAAGCAUGCCAGCAAUUGGUCUUACGUUUUGGACCUCAAAAGGAUGUUUGGAUAUGACAAAAUCAGUUGGCCUUGUGGCUACUUAGUAAUGCGUGUGGUGGUUGGGGGACCAGCAGUAAGUUCUCUUAGAAUGUGGAAAAGUUGUGUAAUGAUUAUAAAGUGCUCUAUAGUCAACUGCCAGGUUGGUCGGCCCCUAGCAUUUCAGGAUUAAGACCAAGUGCUGGAUGAAUACUUUCCACACUGUUCAUGAGCAAGAGAUGCAAGACUGCAAUGGAGAUUUUGAUGACUGUGAAUGUAGAGGUGUAUUGAUUCUGCAGAGCUGUAUUUUGGGGAACAGUGGGCAACGCAACAGAUUUCCAGCAUAGAAUGGUUGUUGUUUUUUACAGAUUAUUUUUCACUGGCUUUCUAUUUGCUACUUCACAAUUUGUAAUAUAGCUCAUGAUUUUUGGCAUUUAAAACUUCAAGCAUCUCUACACCUGAAUAUCAUUGGUAUUUCAAAGAAAACUAAGCUCUAGUGUAGGCAAAUCACCUAUUUUUAAAAUGACAACUGCAGAGUUUCUUGGGUGGUUCACGAGGAGGAGGAACAGAUGGUAAUUGAGAGGCGAAACUUGUCUAUUUCAGAAAAGUUUAUUAAUGAAUUAUUUGUAUUUAUUUCAAAAAUAAAUUUGUAACUUUGCAGUA